AUGGCUGGUUCUGCUGCAGGAGGCUUUGGUUUUCACCCACACAUGGCUGGUUUCACUCAUCGUUUUGUUGGCAAGGCUUUAGGUGCCACAAUGUGGUUCUGGAUGAUGUACCGUGCCAAACAAGAUGGUCCUGUUCUUUUGGGUUUGAGACAUCCUUGGGAUCACCAUGGCGACCACGAUGAUCACCAUUAA